GAGGGCUCGGUCCACCGGACUCCCGAAGCAGCGGUACUCGGAGCAGGGCGAGGCGGUGAACCCAUGGCUUGACCCGCCGGAGAUUCGCGCACCUCGCGGCCGGCGGUGGACGCACAAAGGGCCUGCCUUGAGCGCCGGGGUCCGUAGGGAGGUACGGAUGUUCCUCCACAACAGCAAGCACUUCGAGAACGAUUUUUCGGGUUGGCAGAUGCCUUUUCCCUUUGAGCUGCCGAGUGGGGUGCCGUGUCCCAUCUGCACCUUGGGAGAAUGCGGUGACGUGAACGACCCGACAUACAGGCCGAAGUACCCCGAAGUGCGGGCAGCAAUCGAGGAAGUGGUUGUACAGCAGUCUUUGCAACUUCUGGCCCAGCCCGAUUCCAAAGGAAUCAAGACCUACGUGUCAGUGGGUCCUGGCCUGCUGGCACAGGAUUGGAUAAUUCUUGAGAAGCUGAGGGCCGCAGCCGUGCAACCCUGUCGUGCUGUGUUUGUGGAGCUCCGAACAGCUUCCCCAGCUUUGGCGUGCGAAGGUCGCAGGUUCUCUGCCGAGGAGGACGGCAUUGACCUGUCCCAGCUGGGCUUCGCUUCUCCCUUGGGGCCCGAGUUCUCUUUCUCCGCCUAUGUGACGUUUGAGAGUGCUUCCUGUGGCUCUCGCCUCUUCGAUUUCGGAAAUUUUGAUGACGAGGAGCAGGACAACAUUUUUGUCGACGUGCUUCCGAGCCCAAGCGGGGAUCCAAACGAUGCGGGCACCUUGGUGUUCAAUGUCAGGAGAGGCAGUGAGGAAGACGUGCAAAUGAUUGCUGCCGGAGGCGCAUGGGUGGUUGGGCAGCCGCACCUCUAUCUUUUCACCGUCAGCGCGACUGGAAUGAUGCGCAUCUACAUAGAUGGGCAGCUGGCUAUUGCACAGCAGGGUCACCCACCGAAGCGGCUAGAGCGAACGCACUUGUACGUUGGCAAGUCUGCGGCCUCUAGCAAGGUCUUCUGUGGCGAAAUGCGGAAGAUCCAGGUGUGGGACUACUGUGUGGACAGCGCCAGUGUUGAUGGCGUUUUCGCAGAUGAGACCGAACGUGCCUUUACUCAGUUCUCGGCCUGGUUUGCACAAGACCUGACUGUCUACUCUUUUGCAAGCUUGGCUUCCUAUGCCGCGGCUGUAGUGGAGGACAGGCGCUUCGAAGCAGACCUCUUGUUACAGGUUGACGUGCAGGAGGAGAUUGAUGGCUACGACGAUUUUGUGAAGAAGGUGCUCGGCCCACAGGGCAUCGCUUUGACUUUAGGAGGGCCCGGAAAGAGCUGGCGAAGGGAAGGGGCCAAGGUCAUCGAGUUCCCGGUGCAGAAUGAGAUCCUUCAAAAGAUCGAAGCCAAAACCAGGCUGCCCUGGGUCUUCUUUGGUCCCGGCAAAGUGGGUCACAGCCACUUCUGCGAGGAGGAGAGCCGAUUCUUGCGCCUCUCCGGCUGGCCAGCAGGUCGCUACAAGAGGAAGCGCCGUGCUUGGCAAGCGGAACGAUGUUGA